AAUUGUUCAUCUCUGUAAACAUUUACCACUUUUAAAUCAAUAUAGGUGUAUAUCACCAGGUUACAGUAUUUUCUAUUGUGCAGUACAACUGCCCCUGAAUUUGUUGAUAGUAUGGAGAAUUCAUCUUUAAAUUCAAAAUACCAUUAAUUUCAUAUAAAUAAGGCACACUUGUGGAGGUUAUAUUUUGAGAUCUGCUUGCAUAUGGGCAUUUUAUUUCUAUGGUAGUCUCUGAACCCAACAAUGCAUCUGGUGAAGCUGCAAGAUGAGGCCGUUUGCUGAUGAAAAGCCCACAAGGCUCUGCUAUGAGGUCAUACAUUUUACAAUAUUUAUCUAAUGCUAUUUUUUCAUUUAUAAUGCCAUGGCUUGUCGCUCUGCUGAAGAGUGUCUUCUUUUUUUGUUGCAAAUGUUUUGCGUAGACCUUCAUUGUUGUCGCUCUUAAAUGACAUGUUGUAUGGAAAGUGCUAGCAGUUAUAUGUUCCUGCCUUUGGUUAUGCCAUUCAUCACUGUUACUUUGAAAACGUGUUUCCUCUUCAAUUUUUUUUAUUUGAUCCUCAGUUAUUUCUGACACCAGCAAAUUUUUCAACAUUUUAGAUUUUGGAUCUGAUCAGUCUCUAAGCUAUAGGGAUUGGCAGGUUCAUACAUUUGUUUGAGAGGCAUGGAGCUAUUAGGGAUUUAAAACCAAACUUCCACUAUCAUAGUUGAUUUUUUUUAGUGUAUUCAAAUAAUAAAAUUGGUUUUGCAUGUACCAUAUGUUCUAUCCCAAAUAAAAGAACAGCAACAUGUUUACAUGAAGCAUUAUUUCCGCUACCUGCUGGAAACUCACAGUGUGCCUCCAUGAUGUUUUGAUAUUGUUUCACGAUUGAUAUUGUUUGAAUGCAACUUCCUACGCCGUUUACUCGGGUAUACGUUUCGUAUGAGUUCCGGACUAUAUCUACCUGAUCGUUGUGGUACUGCAUAGAUUUCAGGAAUGGGAUUAAGUGCAUGUGCAGGUAUCGGUAACGCAUUAUCUUCAAGUGUUGGUUCUUUGUAAACUUGGGUAGUUUCUACUUUUUCGACGCUGUGUAUACCGAGAUGGUAAUGCUGACACACUUCCUCUUGACACCUAAAACAGCUUCGGCUGCGCAUCUCUAACCGAUCUCACCUCCAAAUGACUUGGUGGACGGCCAUAGUUCCUUUAAAAGUUCCUAUGUCUGUGACCUCCACAAUUUUUAUAUUUUGCAAUUGCGCUCUGGUAAUUUCAACUUACAAAAUGUCCCGAUGUUUGUUCCUGGGUGGAUUUUCAUUUUAUGAUUUAAUGUGAGGGUUUUUGUGUGACAUUACUUUUUACGUGAAUAACUAAAAAAUAUCAAUAAUAUUACGGUUUUGUAUAUUUAGGGUCUGUUUCACAAUGUACCGAUAAGUUCUGCACAAGUUCCGAAUAAGCUAUUUGUUACUUAUUCGUAGGAUAAACACAUUUUUUGCGUUUCACGACUUUCGAAUAGUGCUAUGUGUCACAUAAAGUCAGCGAUAAGUUAUGGGUCGGUUGAAGUUGCAAAUAGCACAGUUAUCCGACACAUAAGUAGUGUGUUUGACAGUUAAAAUUGAAUAACAUUUUCUUUCUUUCGUUCGUGUUGUGUUUUAAACAAUUAUAUAUUUCGGCAAUGGACAUUUUUGAGACUCUUGAAGAUGAGUUUGAUGAAUAUUUCGAUAGACUCACAAUACCUCGCAAGAUUCCUGUGUAUCGGGAAAGAAUAAACUAUAUGGAGACAUUAGACGAAACGGACUUCAGGGCGCGCUUCAGACUCACUAAGAAAGCUGUGAUGUUUGUGUAUUCAAUUAUUGAGAAAGCAAUAUCUGUCCCUACAGAAAGGAAUUUGGCUAUAAAGCCAAUUAAUCGUCUACUGCUAACAUUGAGGUUUUACGUGACGGGAAGCUUUCUUACAGCAGUAGGUGAUUUCUCUGGUGUAAGCAAAGCUUCUGCCAGUCGCUUUGUCUACCUGGUUUCACAAGCUAUUGCACGAUUGCGUGGGUUGUUUAUCAAAUUUCCAACCAACACUGGAGACAUCCAGCAAGAGUUUUUUAAUAUAGCUAAAUUCCCAAGGCUUAUUGGUGCUAUCGAUUGUACCCAUGUACCCAUAAAAUCUCCAGGUGGAAACAAUGCAGAAGAAUGGAGAAACAGGAAAUCACAAUUUUCUUUUAAUGUGCAAACUGUAGUGAGUGCAAAGUUAAGGAUCUUGGACAUAGUGGCUAGAUGGCCAGGAGCAGCUCAUGAUCAAACAAUAUUUAAUAAUUCUUUUAUAAAGCAACGACUUCAAAAUGGAGAAUUUAGAAACUGUAUAAUUGUUGGUGAUAGAGGAUAUGAAAAUACUUCAUACCUACUUACUCCACUACAAACUCCCAUGACUCCAGCAGAACAUCUGUAUAAUGAAUACCAAAUAAGAAGCAGAAAUGUAGUAGAAAGGACCUAUGGGGUUUGGAAAAACAGAUUCCCUAUUUUAUCAAAAAAAAUUUUGCUAUCUGUAUCUCGUGUACAGGCUGUAAUAGUGGCAUGUGCAGUGUUGCACAAUAUUGCAAUAGAUAUGCGAGAUGACCAUUUUGAAGCCAUCUACCCCGUGGGUGAGCCAGAUGAACACGAUGUUGUGAAUCAAAGUAGUCUAGGAAAUUUGGGGGAUGCAACAGUGCGAAGUAAUUUAAUUAAUGAUUAUUUUGCUUCAUUACUAUAAUAAUGACAGUCAUUUAUAGGCAUUUUGCAUUCCAUUAAUAUAGUAGGUUAUUAAAUGUAUUCUGUGUUAAAUAAAAAACGAUUUAUUUUUCAAAUUUAAAAA